AUGUACUCGUAUGCCGCCAAGGCCGCUUCUGCCAUUGGCAGUUCUACUCCUAGGAGUACGCCUGGCAAGGGCGAUUCUUCGUGUGGAGGCUCCAAGGUCGUCAUGCACAAGCGCAAAAACGAGAAGGACGAAAAGGCGAAGCAAGCCAAGGUUUCUCAGUCACUUACCGAAGAACCUUCUACCACGGGUGCAGCAGCUCAAACCGGCCUGGAGUCGGAGAAUGUUCCCGCACAUAGCUCUACGAUUAGAGAUGACGUUGCUAGCAACGCAUCGCAUAAAAUCGCUACCGAAGAACUUACCACCCACAACCCGAGCGACAUCGACCCGACCUCGUCGUACAGCAAUAUCAAGAAAGCCAUGGACGACUUGUCUGCAAAACGUACGCAAGACAUCGCCACGUUUGUGGCUCAUCAAGAAGCUCUUCGUGCUUCUGGUUAUACCGCUGAAGCUGUUGCUUUGGACGAGGUAAUUUUGCGGCUGAGACAGGACGAGAAGGAGUGGCAGGAUUUGAUGGACAGAACCAUCCAAGGCCUACAGAAACGUUUUGCGAACUCCUCGGGUCCUGGGGCGUCUACCGAGGGGGGCGAUGCGUCUGGCGGUGACAAUGUCACUACGGAACCUGCGCCCGAGAACGACGUUGUGGAUCAGAGCGAACACCAGAGCAUGACUGAUCCACCUUCUACUACAGCUCAGCAAGACCCGCCAGCUACUGAUAACGACGGUGUCACUACGGAACCUGCGCCCAAUGACGACGUCGUGGAUCAGAGCGAGCGCCAGAGCUUGACUAAUUGGGCUGCUACUACAACUGAGCAAGGCCAACCAGCUGCAGGUGAUAAAAAGAAAAAGAAGAAGAAGACUAAGAAGAAGGCGAAUAAAGGAAAGGCACCGGCGAAAGACGACAAUGGCUGCGACCUCGCCGACGUGAGUGAGGAGGAGAAGGCUACACUGAAGGAAGUCAUGGGACGCCUCGACGAAAUUGAAGAUGAAGAGCUCCGCCUCAGCUUGGCCGUAGUGCUCCAUCCAUACCUCUACAAAGACUCAACCUUUCGGAUCAAAGACACUGAUGAAGACUACCGACCUUUCUCAGGCCUCAACCCGGUGGACAACGGAGCCUACCUCGCAUUCAACGCACUGAAGGUCGGCUGGAUGAAGAAGCUCCGGGGAGAAGAGCGGUUCAAAGACUACCUCGAAGACCCGCACUGGCCCGCCAUCGCCGAAUCUGCAGCCAUGUGCGAAGUCACCUACAACAACACAAUCGCGCAGCAAAUGCUCAAAGUAUUCCUCGCGCAAUGGGACAACCUCUCCGCCUACGACGCCGCACUUAGCGAUCUUGGCGAAUGGGUGCACCAAAACGAAAACGCGAUCCAAGAAGGCGACGACGACAACGACGACUUGCGCGCGCACCUCACAGGAUUCAGCGAGCAGCUCUGCGACCGCGGCCGGCUCGACACUUUCGCGCGCGCCGCAAUCCUAACACUAGUCGAGCAGCCGCAAGCCGAGGAACUAAUGACCGACGACUCCCGCAUCGCCCUGGUGCGCGGCUUCUGGAGCGGGUGGUGGCCGCCGCUGCGCGAGGAGCUCCAGCUGCGCCUGCUGCGCACGCUGCAGGAGGGGUUUGGCGAGACUGGGCGCUUCAUCAUCAACACGGUUCUGCGCGGCCCGUACCCGCCCCAGGACUUCGAGGCCAAUGUCGUGAGUCUCGGCUUGAUGGCUUGCCGUGAUGCGCGUUUGGAGGGCGAGGGCGAGGGCGAGCCGCCCACCCCCGAAAAGAAUACCAGCUUUGUGCGGCUGGCGAAGAAGUGUUUUCGCGACACGUAUGGCAAGGACGCGCAAGCGGUGCCGCCGGAGAUGCUGGGGAAGAGUGCGAAGGGCUCUAAUAAGGUCUCUACAAAGGAUUCCGGGGUGGUGCCUGGGAAGGUAAGGGCUAAGGGCACGUUCGCUUUUGUGCUGGACUGGAAGGAGGCAAAGAAUAAGAGUAAGAAGAGUGGUGGGAAUGAGUGA